GAAUAAUGAGAACACAGAUCCCGAGUGGCUGGCAGAGCUUCGUGCAAACAUCUCGCAGCUUGUCAACGACCAUGGCUACGAGGAAUCCAAGCCUCGAAUACAACAACUCGUUGAAGAAACUGAAAAGAAGAUGAACGUACUUCUUCACGUUAAAGAUAAUGUCUAACACAAAACUAGUGUCUUUCUUCAUCUUGCUGUCAUUUGUAGCAGCGGUCGCUAGCAUUAAAUGUUGGCAAUGUGGACAGUACAGUGACGGAGUGGGCUCUAUAACUCCCUGCAAUAACAGAAGCGCAGCAAGACUGAACCAGUGUCCACCUGAUGCUAAAUAUUGUAUUAAAUACGUGAGCGAGUUGACCGUGGUUAGGGAUUGCGUGCCGACAUGCAGCGAAAAAGAGUGGUGGGGUGCUCGUACCUUCUGCUGUGAGACUGAUGAGUGUAACAGCGCUAUCACGAGAAGUCCAGAAGGAGCAGUUAUAAUGACGCUGGCAUUCACCUUAGUGCUAGGUGUUGGGCGCUGACCGCUCACCUCACUAACGUUCAACGUUCCAUUAUAGAAGCUUUUAUCAAACCAACCAAAUCACUUCCCGCCUCAUUUAUAUUUUUAAGCUAUUACUUAAGUUCCUUUAAUACAUUCAAUAUAAUGCCUUAAAUUUAUUUAUGCUUGAUAUAUUAGAUCUUGACUAGUCUUGUCCUUAGGUAGAUUCUAUCGAGUAGUUACUAAGAAGAUUUUUUAUUUAUUAAAACAAUAAUUAUCAAGUAAAAUAUAGCGUUUAAAAAGGGUAGGAAGCUAAAAGUUUAAAAUCAAAAUAUUGAGAUUAGAAUUUAGUACAUUUUAUUUAUGUGACGAGUUGUUUUGAAGUCGACUAUAACUCAUGCCGGCUCAAACUUGCUUGUUUUUGACAAGCACUCCGAAUGGUUUGCAACGGCUUUAUUUUGUAUUAAGACAACUUUAGAAGCAAGUUUUAGUUUCAAGAAGCUUACUCUAACAAAUUAUGUCUUUUAGCAAGUGUAUACAUUAAUAAUAUAUCACUUAUUAUUUAAUGAAAAUGGAAAUAUUGAUAUUUUCAUUCAAGGAUAUGUUUAUUGUUGCCGAUAAUUAAUUAAAUAUAAAUAAUUGAGGUUUUUGUUUAAAUAUUAUAUAAAAUUAUAUUUAAAUGUGAAUAAAGUAAAAAUUUAUGAAUAUGGGAAUUGUGUAAUGUUAAUUUAUUUUAUGAUAAAAUAAGUUUAAUAUAAAAAAAAAAAUCUCUAUGUACAUUUGUUAUCGAUAGUAGACGGAAAAAAUAAGACAAUGUCAAUUAAAUCAAUAAACCGAUAUUUCUGGUUAAAUUCGAAAUUUUCAGUAACAACAAAGAUAGUAACUUUGUCAUAAUAACUAACAAGAUAAUAUUAUUUUCUUAUAUAAUUUAAUAUAUAAAUAUAAAAUACAAUUAUAAUUAUUAUGUAGAUAUAGUUGUUCGAGCUGUAAUAUUUCUUCGAUGUAUUGUAAUGAAACACUUUAAAACAAGCGCUUUAUAGACAUUAUCACUUGAUAUACAUACAUCAAUACUAAAUUGUACUAAAUUAUCAUUAACUUCUAUUAUAGGUAUAGUUAAGUAACGCGAGUAUUUAAUGAGGAAAUAUUAUUAAUUUGUUUAACCUGAAUAAACUUUACCGGUUAAAGUUAUAUCGUUAAUAUUCUGGAAAUUAUAUUAUUUUAUUUAAAUUAUUAUAUAUUAUAAUUUUUAAUGUGUAUUAAUUUUAUAACUCCAC